UGAGACAGUAGACAAAAGCAUAUGCUCUAUACUUGUCCGUUUUUCAAUAACAAAGCAAAAGAUGAAGGGAGGAAUGUUGCCGGAGCAGAUUGUUUGUGGAUGGAAGUAAUGUGAUGUGUCUGCCGCCCUUAGGCCCUUCCCCUUGUCUCCUCCAGUCUGCUUGUCGACCGGCAUGAUCCCUCUUCGGCCGCUUUGAGCUUUAACGGCUCUAUGUCGCUACUGGGCUGGUCGAUGACAAAAUCAUGAAAAGAAUCCUUGAGCUCAAAACGUUCUUAUGCCCCGAGCUCGGCUUGACGGUGUUUGUGUAAAAUUGUAAACACUGUAUGUGAAAUAUUUGCACGAAAAUAUAAGGCGACGAUUUUGCAAAACAUUGACGGUGUAGCUCUGGUUUGAUUUGGUCGUCGCCUCGUGGGCCACAUCCUCACACAACGGCAAAGUCUGGUCUCAACCGGUUCUGAAGGAGGAGCGGGAGUCGGAGCCUUCAAGCACUGAUUGACGCCUACACUGCGCGCCCUCACCUCGGAUCGGCAUCCUUGUGACGGUUCCGCAUCUCAUUGGUGCAAAUAGCGCGAGCCCGCCCACGCUGCUGCAUACUGCGCAGUGAGGACGCUGAGUGCGGCUUGCCAUUGGUCGACAGCCUCCCCAUCAUAUUUAUUUUGGGACCAGCCCCGACCGUGCACGAGGAGGAGCGGAGUUGUUUUCUGCGUGUGUGUUGUCCUUUUUUCAGCACCAACACCGUGUGGAUAGCAGCUCACGGAACACCGACGAGGCCAGCAAUCCGGGAGAGGGAUCCGACGAAUGCGCGAGAGUUCAUCGCUCGGCCUACCGUUGGGAGGGGAGACACCGUGUGGCUAGCUUAUUCCUGCCACAAGGCCGUUGCUCGCUUGAAAGGGCGAGCUUAUUUGCAGUCUCGGCGUUGCUAAAUGGCUUCAAAUGAAGGGAAACAAAGGUGAUAAAGGAGUCCAAGUCCGAGCAGCUUGGUCGUGUUAGAGUCGCGUCAAGGGCUCCAUUGUGUGAGCAUCCCGCCGCUAUUUUCCACUGCUACCCAAACCCCGGAGUACUCCUCCGCCCCCUCCUUCCUUCCUCACUCGCGCAGCAACAGUAGCAGCUACGACUCUUUUGGGCUCACUUUUAUUUGGGGAGGGGGGCGGGGAGGGGGCACCGCGAGCCUUCCGAAAUGUGCUCCCGUCUUUGGUUCGUGACCGACCGACGCAUCAGCCAAGAGUAUCCCCAAGUUCAGAUCCUGCGUGCAUUGAAGGAACGCUGCGCCGACGAGGAUGUGGAAUUCCGCUCCCUUCUCAUGGAUCAAAUCGUGCUGACCAUCAGCGAGGGACAAUUAGGAUUGCAAGUGGACCAAGAAACAGUGACAUCUUAUCCGCAGGUGGUGGUCGUGCGGGUGCCCACUCCAUGGGUGCAGUCAGACAGCGACAUUACCGUGCUGCGUCACCUGGAAAAGAUGGGCUGCCGGCUGAUCAACCGUCCUCAGGCUAUUCUCAACUGUGUCAACAAGUUCUGGACCUUUCAAGAGCUAGCCGGCCAUGGUGUACCUCUUCCUGACACCUUUUCCUACGGAGGACAUGACAACUUUCGAAAGAUGAUUGACGAGGCAGAGCCCCUGGGCUACCCAGUGGUGGUGAAGAACGCACGGGGACAUAGAGGGAAGGCUGUGUUUUUGGCACGGGACAAACACCACCUGACCGACCUGUGCCACCUGAUCCGUCACGACACCCCCUACUUGUUUCAGCAGUAUGUCAAGGAGUCACAUGGCCGUGAUGUUCGUGUAGUUCUGGUGGGUGGCAGGGUCAUCGGCUCCAUGCUACGCUGUUCCACCGAUGGACGUAUGCAGAGCAACUGCUCCUUAGGUGGCGUGGGGAUGAUGUGCCCGUUGAGCGAGCAGGGUAAGCAGCUGGCCACCGAGGUGUCAAACAUCCUCGGCAUGGAUGUGUGCGGCAUCGACCUCCUGCAGCUCAAUGAUGGCUCUUUUGUGGUGUGUGAGGCCAAUGCCAACGUGGGCUUCAUUGCCUUUGACCAAGCGUGCGGUAUGGACGUGGCAGGCAUUGUCGCCGACUACGCCCUGUCCAUGCUUCCCAACCGUCUGACCCGUAAGAUGUCCUUGCUGUCGGUGGUGUCGAGCACCAGCGAGACCAGCAGCGAGCCAGAGGUGUGCCCCGUGCCCGCAGUUGGGAGCUCCCUGCCCGAGGCUGUCUGCAACAUGAGCGUGGGUUCAACUUCCAGCGAGAGCGACCCCGAGCUGGCCGAGCCCUCACAGUCACCUCCCUGCCAAGCCACAGGCCCAGGCCUCCCCGACCCAGCUUACAACUUCAACACUCUGCUCGCCAACGAGAUCAAGCUAUUGACUGAGUGAGAUGCAAGCUGCCUGCACACACACUCAUACACAUUAAUUUUCCAAAUACAUGUGGAUGAAUGCAAAAACAGAAAUUGUUCCUCAAACUAACGCCCUCCAAAAGAUCUGAGGCUGCUCCCCUGACUCCCUCUCAGUUCUAUGGGCUAAUUCAAGUAUUCGCUCUACUUCCGCUCAGUUUUCACACCCUAAGGCAGCAGUGUCAAAUUCAUUUUUGUUGCGGAUGCGUUGUAGCUAUGGGUUUCCUCAGAGAGCCUUUAUGACUGUGGAACCCAUUCAUCCAUGCAUUUUCUGUAACGCUCAUUCUCACUAGAGCCUCGGAGGUGUUCGAGCCUAUCCCAGUAAUCUUUGGGGGACACCCUGAACUUGUCGGCAGCCAAUUACAGUGAAGAUAGAAAAAAACAUUUGCAUAUUUUCUCACAUUUACACCUACGGGCAAUAUAGACUUAUAUAUCUAUAUAUCCAUCCAUCCGUUUUCUUUGUCGUUUAUCGCCACAAGGGUCGCUAUCCCAGCUGUCAACUGGCAGGAGGCAGUGUACACCCUGAACUGGUUGCCAGCCAAUCGCAGGGCACAUCGAGAUAAGCAGCUGGACUCACAAAUCACACUUAGGGGCAAUUUAGAGUGUCCAAUUAAUGUUGCAUGUUUUUGGGAUGUGAGAGGAAACCAACGCAGGCAUGGGGAGAACAUGCAAAUUCCACACAGGCGGCUCCAGAAUUGAACCCGGGUCCUCAGAACUAUGAAACAGUGUGCUGCCGACUGUGCAACCAUAUAAAUGUAUAAUCCCCUCAUCAUAUCAAUAUAUAUACAGUGAAACCCAGGUUUUCUUAUGCUCUCAAGAAAAAAAAAAUGUUUACCGAAAUAUUUACACAAUUUUCAUAAAUCUGCUUGGUUUUUGUACAAUUGAAAAUUGCCUAAAAAUAUCCGCCUGCCUGCAUCACACCUGACUUUCGUUUCCUAAAAUGCUUGUCAUUCCCUAGCAUUAAAAGUUUAAAAUGUGAAAUUUUGUUAUAGAAGAACAUGAAGUGACCUGUGGGCUCUGCAGUUCAGGGUGUAACCCGCCUCUCCCCUAAAGUCAACUGGGAUAGGCGCCAUCACACCUGCAACCGUAAUGAUGAUAAGCGGUUCAGAAAAUGCAUGGAUGGAUGGGUUUAAUGUCAUUCCCAUGAACAGCUUGGAUGUCUCACUGGCAGGUAGAGCAUUUGGUUCUUAGGCCUUCAGUGGGGAUUCACUCAAUUUAAUCCACCUCCUAAUGCCACAAGUGUCACGCUGCAUUUAUUGAAACCAUCAAAAGCUUACUAUACAAAAACAAUAUAAUAGCUCCUACACAUCAUCUGGAGCAACUCAAAAUCUUUUUUUUAAUAUGAUCAUGUUUUUAAAAAUGAAUAUCAAUACAUCACACCCACUACAAAUGCUAAUUAUUAAAUGUUUUAACAGCCCCUCGCGACAUACAGGUUUUGACUGCAGCAAGUUUUUGCUGCAACACCACAAUCAGUAGACAGAAAAAUGCAGUUGGCCCCGUGAGGUGAAUUUGAAAUUUGAUUAGGUAAUGAGACAGUCCCAUUGCUAAUGCAGUUCAAGUAACAUCGGAAAGCACUGCUAAUUCUGAAGGUCCUGCUCAGAUUAGAAUAUCAUGGCAACACGUUAAGGCCCAAUCCUGAAAUGCUACCAUUCACGCACUGGAAGCAGAGCAGUCAAGAGAAACUCUACCAAAUGAAGUAAAAUAGAAACACAACAACAAAUAUUAGAAUAUAACUUGUAAAUGUAGGUCAGUGCUUCUGAUCAUUUUUGGCCAAGAAAGAGGGCCUUGCUGGUUUAUACAGAAUACUAAUUUGUGGUCAUAAAUUAGCAAUUUUUGUGUACAUUAUACAUAUAUUGUGGUCGAAAUUGGAAUGUUUCCCUUGAUGUCAUGUCAGGGGCUCCAUAGAAUUCAAUCCUAGGCUGAGUUUAUUUUCCAUUCGUGUUCAAUUCAGCACAAAAGACAACAAAUACAACAAAGCACAACAACUGGAGAUAGAAUGACUAUGGUCACAUUUAAAGUAAAUCCCAAGAUGCAAUAAGCAUUGAACACUCAUAUCCAUAUCUUCAAGCAUUACAUGAAAUUGUGACUAUUGCAAGCUUGAAAACAUUUGCAGUUUUUUUCUGUAUGUAUUGUCUUUAAUUAGCUGCAGCAGCAGUCUGACAAGUUUGAAAAAUUCCCUCAAGUCUAGCACUUUAUGAUAAACAGAUGCAUUUGUUUCUUUUUUGUCCAUGCAAGAAAAAAAUAUACCUCAAAAACAAGUGACCUGUCACUGCCACAGAAUGACAGAAAAAAAAAUACACUACAUAUCAAGCAGGAUGCUGCGCUCACUCUCGUUCUUUUGUAAAUAUUAGCUUCAGUUGUAGUUGUGGAAGGAUCUGCCAAUUCCUCUGUCCAUUUUUUUAAUUAAAUAAAGACCUCACAAACUGUAAGACAAACACAAAUAGAAUAAUUUUUUCAGCCUUUUGCUUUUCCAAGGAAGAUUUCGGGAAUUUUGAAAGGUCAUUGCCGCCAUGGAGACGGCCAUUCCCAACACCAUUCAAAUUCUGACCUCCUUCCAGUAAAGUAGCCCUUGGUGUUGACAUUGUUGUGCGUUGUGUCAAUAACUCAGGGAAGCAGCCUGGAUCUAACCUUCAAAUACCAGACAUAUCCGAGACAGACAAAAAGAUAACAAGCAACAAUGAGGAAAAAGUAUCAUAAGAUGUGGUGGUUACCUUGGUUAACAUGCACUUUUUCCCCUUGUUUCUUCUGUAUUGUUCCUUGUUUUCUUCCUAAUUUAUGCUAUUUUUAAAGACAAAACAAGUGGUUUGUGUGCACUAAUAAUGUGUAAAAACAAGUGAGACCGCUGUGAAGCCGAAUUUUUCAUUUCCUUUUUUUGUUAGCGAAAGCAAGUGUGUGGAGCAUAGCCAAAUUUAAAAACUCCCAAGACUCCAGAAAAAACAGUAUCCCCCAAAUCCGCCUCCCGGCAGCUUUCGCUGCAAUCACAGUUGCGCCUCUGAAAUACAACCCACAUACACGUAUACACACACACUACUGUGAUGUCGUCCAUUAAGUGAGUCACCCGCGUCGGGACACGUCUGUGGGUGAAGUUUCUCCACUUGUUGUGGUCCUCUUGAUUUGGAAGUUUAAUGCCGCCUCUAUCAUUCCACAUUGUUUACAAGUCUGCUAAUCAUAUUCCUAUACAGAUAACGGCAAAAUGAUUCAUUGGCUGGCCUAACAUGAUUUUCAUUUGCUGAAUGCUGGAACUGAGCAAAAAGUACUGUGAUGACAGAGAUUAACAAUAGGGAUGAAUGGGCCCUCGUGCCCCCCGUUUUUUUAUGGCAAAUCCUCAAAAUGACCAUACUUUAAAUACUUUGUCCAGAUGGGAAAAUAAUCUAUACUGUCAUCCAUCAGUGUAGGUGACCGUUUUAUAAACAUUGGGCCAUUUAGCCAUCGUGGGUAAUUCCCCAGAUCUGGCAUGAUAAAUUUUACCAAGUGACGUAACUGAGUGAGUGCCACACUGCCUUUGAACUAUUAUUAUUAGAUUGUGAGCUCUGAGAUUUUUUUUGCUUUACAAACUGAGGAGCAGACCAUAAUUUGGUCCACUGGCUUUAUUUUCCCCACCAUCUAUUUAAAUAAAUUAAAAAUUCUCAGCAUCCUUUCGAAUGGUAGAAACCAUUGCUUCCUCACAAUCAUCAACAGUAUUGAUAUUUCCAAAAGUAGAAAAAAAAGAAAACAUUUUUUCAUGGACAUCUUUUACAGACACGUUCUUUUGCCAGUUCCAGCCAAUAGAAUUUAUUUGAACUUCAAAUGGAGCCAGUUUAUGAAUCACGUAGGGUUUGAAAAGUGUACGACUGGACGCGGUGUACUGCAGAGCACAAGGUUAGCUAUUCAAUUCCAACAAGACUUAUGCACAUCGGGCACGCACAAAGAAUGAGGAAAUCCACAUGUCUCCAUUGUUUUAAAGCCUCAUCACGCCAAAAACGUGCUGUAUAAGUGGGUACUAAUGGGAGUACAUAGUGGCGAGAAACGUACAUGUAAAUAACUGGGAGCAAUUAAUAGCUGUCUGGAAUUGAACGGUUUGUUUUACAACGACGCAAGGUUUCUGCUUCAGCGACACGCUGGAGCUUUGCGAUGGUGUGUAGCGUCUACAAAUGCUGACUUCACAGAUAAGGCAAAGGAUGUUUGAUGUUGGGAAGUGUUAUAAUGGUACGAGAUAUGAAGCAAUCGCCCUCACCGUUACAUAUAGUCCAUCACUCUGAAAUUGUUCAAGAAAAGGCUCACAAAAGUGGUUAUUAACAAAUGUUCCAAAUGGUGUAAAUACUUCCCUCUUUAUUUUUUCUUUUGUUUUUUUUAGAUGAAAAUAAAGACAAGUCAUUAUUGAGAACCAAAAAGUGUCCCUGUUCUGUUUUCAUUUCAAUUCCCUACUGUCAAACAUCGUUCAAAUAUGAAAACAGCUGCUGACAAUAUGCAGAUGUGGAGUUGGACAUUUUGUUUGAAGAUACAUUUUUGUUACAUUUCUUACAAAAAAGUAUUGCACUGUAAAAUGUACGAGUCCUUA